CUGUGGAGCGCUGUCAGUGGAGCAGCCCAGUCCGCGCCAGUCGAGAGCCAGGGAAAGCCCUCAGUCACAGGGACAGUGACUGUAGUCAACUCGCCGCUGCCUCCGCACCAACAGCUGCAGAUCACAGAAGCGGACUGAACCCCAGUAAACAGGCGCACAUCCUCGGUGCUCAUCUGCUCCAACUGGAGACAUGACUGACGUGAGUUCCAACGACCCGUCCACCUCAGACGUGGCCAACAGAUUUGCUCGCAAAGGUGCUCUAAGGCAAAAGAACGUCCAUGUGGUAAAAGAUCACAAAUUUAUAGCGCGGUUCUUCAAGCAGCCGACUUUCUGCAGCCACUGCACCGACUUCAUAUGGGGAUUUGGAAAACAAGGAUUCCAGUGCCAAGUUUGCUGUUUUGUGGUCCACAAGAGGUGCCAUGAGCUUGUCACGUUCUGCUGCCCGGGAGCAGAUAAGGGGCCUGACACAGACGACCCUCGAACAAAGCACAAGUUCAAGAUCCACACCUAUGGCAGCCCAACGUUCUGUGACCACUGUGGCUCGCUGCUCUACGGUCUUAUCCACCAAGGGAUGAAGUGUGACUCCUGUGAUAUGAAUGUGCACAACAAGUGUGUGACCAAUGUGCCCAGUAUGUGUGGGACUGACCACACUGAGAGGAGAGGCAGAGUCUUCCUGAAGGUGGAGGUCAGCGAUGAUAAACUGCAGGUCACAGUUGGCGAGGGCAAGAACCUCAUUCCCAUGGACCCCAAUGGACUUUCAGAUCCAUAUGUUAAACUCAAACUCAUACCAGACCCCAAAAAUGAGACCAAGCAGAAGACCAAAACCAUCCGCUCUAACCUCAAUCCCAAAUGGAAUGAGACGUUCACUUUUAAACUGAAGCCAUCAGAUAAGGACCGCAGACUCUCUGUAGAAGUGUGGGACUGGGACCGAACCACCAGGAAUGACUUUAUGGGAUCCCUGUCUUUUGGAGUCUCAGAGCUCUUGAAGUCUCCAGUCUGUGGCUGGUAUAAGUUAUUGUGCCAGGAGGAGGGCGAGUAUUACAAUGUUCCAAUCUCUGAGGAAGACGAUGGAAAUGAGGAACUUAGGCAGAAAUUUGAGAAAGCCAAGCUGGGCCCAGGAAAGAAGAACAUUUCAGAGACUGACUCCUCCGUCCAGCUGCCCUCCACCAUAAUGGACCAGGUCAAACUCAGUGAUUUCUCCUUCCUCGCUGUGCUGGGGAAAGGAAGCUUUGGCAAGGUGAUGUUGGCAGAGAUGAAGGGAACAGAUGAGUUGUAUGCCAUAAAGAUCCUGAAGAAAGAUGUGGUGAUUCAGGAUGAUGAUGUUGAGUGUACCAUGGUGGAGAAGAGGGUCUUAGCCCUCCAAGACAAGCCGCCCUUCCUCACAUACCUGCACUCGUGCUUCCAGACAGUGGAUCGGCUGUACUUUGUUAUGGAAUAUGUAAAUGGUGGAGAUUUGAUGUACCAUAUACAACAAGUGGGCAAAUUUAAGGAACCUCAGGCAGUGUUCUAUGCAGCAGAGAUUGCUGUUGGUCUCUUUUUUCUUCACAGUAAAGGGAUCAUCUACAGGGAUCUCAAGUUAGACAAUGUGAUGCUCGACUCCGAGGGGCACAUCAAGAUUGCAGACUUUGGCAUGUGCAAAGAGAACAUGAUGGACGGAGUGACCACACGCACCUUCUGUGGCACCCCCGACUACAUUGCCCCAGAGAUCAUUGCAUACCAGCCUUAUGGACAGUCAGUGGACUGGUGGGCAUAUGGAGUACUGCUCUAUGAAAUGCUGGCCGGACAGCCGCCAUUUGAUGGAGAAGAUGAAGACGACCUGUUCCAGUCCAUUAUGGAGUCUACUGUGUCCUAUCCCAAGGCUCUGUCCAAAGAAGCAGUGUCUAUUUGUAAAGGGCUGAUGACCAAGCACCCAUCUAAGCGCCUGGGCUGUGGUCAGGAGGGGGAGCGGGAUAUUCGGGAGCACGCCUUCUUCCGGCGCAUCGACUGGGAGCGCCUUCAGAACCGAGAGAUCCAGCCUCCAUUUAAACCCAAAGUGUGCGGCAAAGGGGCUGAAAACUUUGACAAGUUUUUCACGCGCACACAGCCUCAGCUCACCCCUCCAGACGAGCUGGUGAUUGCCAACAUCGACCAGGCCGAGUUCGCCGGCUUCUCCUUCAUCAACCCUCAGUUCAUCUACUCCUCCCUCGACAACUGUCUAUGAAGAGGCCAAAACAUGUCCACAUUUUGACCCCAUGAGACGACGCCUUCAUACUAGUUUCACUCCAAGUGUACAAUAAAACAUUAAAAAAGCAGUAGUUAACUAAUGUAGUGACUAAUGAGAAGCAUGUAACUUUGUCCUAUGUAACGUACUGGAGAUACAGUGGUACAGAGACAGAUGCGUGCCAGACAUAUCCAUGCCAGUAUCAGAAAGAUGUAUCAGACAUUUUAGCAUGGGUUUCUCCUCCUCCAUUGUGCAACUUGCCUGAAAAAAUCACCAAACAAACUAAAUGUACCAAAAUCAAGAUUACGUUAGUAGCACAAACGCUCUAGCCAAAUACGAAGGAGUGGUGGUGCACGCAAUGAGUUCUAUGUGAUUCUGUGUUUCCUGUUUACUAGUUUUUAAUUAACUAAUUUUUAACCUUUACUAGUUUACUGUUUGAAUUUAAACAAACAAAUGUUGAUUAGGGGGAGCAUGUGAGGAGUGAAGGCUGGCAUAGGGCUGAUUUAGGUGAGUUACAACGCAUACCUUAUGGUUGUGAAACACUGUCAUAUUGGACUGCACAGUUAGAAAUGAAAAAUACAGUUUUCAUUGUGGUGGCCAGUGUCACCGGAUGUUCUCAGUAUGUUGUGCACAAGACCAUUCUCCUGUUUACCUUCUAAAUGUUUACAGUAUGUCCUUUAGCCUUCACUCAGUGUUGACCACUGUUGUCCACCUCUGCAGUCACACCUCACUGUCCCAACAGAAGCAGUGUGGAAAUGUUAUUUAAUAUAAUCCAUCUUUAGUUUAGCUACGUAGAAUCUUUAGUCCAGAAAAUAGCCACUUUAAUUUCUUUUAGUUUUUCAUUAAGGUAAAUUGCUCUUUUUGUGAUUUCCUACAUAUUUUUCCAUUAGAAAUAACUAUUUUAUUGUAAGAGAUAUCAGUGUAUAACACCUUUGUAAAUAAUCAUUAUUUAGACAAUUAUUGCAAGUUACAUUUUUAUACCAACACUUGAAUGUGCUUUUAAUACAUAAAUUAGAUAUAACAAUAUGUGUAUGUGCAAAAAUACACUAGAAACUGCCCAGUCCAACUGCUAACUCCUGGAUGUUUAGUCCAGAUAUUUGAAGUUAGGAGACAAAUGUAUGUGACUUGUUUUGGCACAUUUUUUGAGAGCUUUCUCUGUUUAAUAAGAACUAGUAUAGUUUAGCUUGGAUGUGUGUCCUUCUGUUCCUGCAUGCUGCCAGUAGACCGCUGAUGCAUGUGACCAGCUGAAUGCUGCAUGCUUUCGGGUAUGAACCGGGCUGAGGUAUGCUCUAAUCCAAAAUACACAAACAUUUUUAAUGUUCAAUGACAGCGUAUGUCAAUAAAGUCAUUAAGAGAAGUAAACCUGGUCAUAAUCUUCAAGUCUUCCACUGUCUGCUUCAGCAAAUGUGCUGCAUGUACAAUUGAAGGAGAGGCCAUUCCACUUAAUCAUACUACAGCCAUAUGAAAUGUCCGGGUCAAUAAUCUACUGAUAUUAAUGUUGUUGUGGUCAUAAAAUUAUUAAUGAGAUGUUUUAGUACAUUAGUAGACGUUUACAUACCCCUGACUUCAAUACUUAUGUCAAUUAUCUUAAUGUUACUUUGCUGUAAUUGUGUUUUACUGUUGCCCUUUAAUAUUUUAUGCUUGAGGAAUGUCUCCUGCCUCCUAUUCUGUCCUUUUGAUAAACUUUUGCCUGUGCCAAACCCACACGACCAGAGCUAUAGAAAUUGUCCCUUUAGCUGUCGCCUGCCAUAUGUCUUACCACUUCUGUACUUUUUUAGGUGUGAUGUAUUUGAGUUUAUUUGUCUAUUUCUAAUUUGCAUCCUUCUAGACUAUAAACAUUUUCAGUUUUAUGGAGUUUUUAUUGUUAUUCAGCAUCCAAAGUGACUUACACUUGAAAACAGCUCUAAAUGUGAUUGGUCCCUUUAAGAGUUUACAAGCUUAUCAAAUCAAAUAGUGUGCCUUUCCUAUUUAGACAUCAGACAUCAUCAGCUCUUAUUUAUCAUUUAACUAUUACAGUGAUUACAGUGAGUGUGGAAAAUAGCCAUUUGUCAUUUUAAGUGAUUCCAGGAAAUCUUUCCAUUUGGAAACUGUAGUGCCCCUCAUGUGUCAGGGUGUACCACCCCCUCACCCCAGCUCCUCAGUGCCUCAGACAAAUCAACUAAUUCUUUCACCUUGAAUACUUCUUUAUCUUCUCAAUGCCCAAGAAAGCCAUUAGAAAUGUAUUGUUUCUCCUUGUUGCUUGCCUUUUUAAAGACAUUUUAACUAAUACAGAAGAAAUUAUUAAUAAUUAUUCUGUUUUGAGUUUGAAUCCAUUUAUGUCCAAUGUUAUGUCUAAGCUGAUUCCCAUCUGACUGAUCAGAGGAUCGAUGGAGAAAUGCCUUAUUGUUCAAUACACAGCAUUUCUUUUAUUGCUUCAGUUAAAUUCAGUCCUCCUCGUCUCCUGUACAGAAACUACAGACAGUAUACACUUGCAUUAGUAUGAAAAGAAGAUAUUGUAUUUUGUAUUGGUAUAUGUUCCUUCAUGUUUGCCUGAAUCCUAGUUUAACCAAUUUGAGCUUCUUCACCUGUAACCAAUUGUGUUAUUUGUACCUAAUGUAUAAUAAUGCAAAUAAAUACCUAUAAAUGAAGUGAA